AUUAAAGUCUUCAUCACAAAUAUGGAAAAUUUUCUUUACUUUUCCCUAUCUUUUCCCUCUUUUCCUUGCCUCUGAUAGUUCUCCUGUCAACAACCAGUUCAUCAUCUGCUGCAACAUUUUGUGAGAACUCAGGAAAGGAAACCCUAGAAAAAGCUGAAGUGGAAGACCAAAAGCAAGAAGAAUACACCACAACCCACAAAUACCAAUUUUCAUUGAAAAGGUCCAAGAGGAACGAAGCAAUAAAAAAGAAAUAAAAAACCAAGAUAACCCUUUUCAUGGACUCAAUCCCAGAUCACAUAGAGAGUUCUUACUCCGAGAACACAAGUGUGGGCAACAACAGUUCAACUGGAGCCACUUCAUCUUCUUCAACACCAAGCCGAUACGAGAACCAGAAGCGCCGGGACUGGAACACCUUCGGCCAAUACCUGAAAAACCACCGGCCACCGCUCUCACUUUCGCGGUGCAGCGGUGCCCAUGUCCUCGAAUUCCUCCGAUACCUCGACCAAUUUGGCAAGACCAAAGUGCACACCCCUAUAUGUCCCUUUUACGGACACCCAAACCCGCCAGCUCCGUGUCCAUGCCCACUUCGACAAGCGUGGGGAAGCCUUGAUGCGCUCAUCGGACGCCUCAGAGCCGCCUUUGAAGAGAACGGUGGGAAACCUGAAGCAAACCCAUUUGGGGCUCGAGCUGUGAGACUCUAUCUUCGUGAGGUUCGUGAUUUGCAGUCGAAAGCUAGAGGGAUUAGCUAUGAGAAGAAGAAGCGGAAGCGCCCACCACAGCCAUUGCCUGCACUUCCACCACCUGGUGCAAAUAUGGUUAAGUUGUUUUACUCAAUUGUUGCAACUAUAAAACUAUUCUGGGUAUUCUGUUUGCUACCAGAGAAGCAGUGCUUGGAUCUAGAGCAGUUCAGUUCAUAG